AUGGCGUCAAACUCAACUAAGUCUUUCCUGGCAGAUGCCGGCUAUGGCGAACAAGAACUGGAUGCUAACUCUGCCCUUAUGGAAUUGGACAAAGGACUCAGAUCUGGCAAACUUGGUGAACAGUGUGAAGCAGUUGUUCGCUUUCCCAGACUUUUUCAGAAGUAUCCAUUCCCUAUUCUCAUCAAUUCUGCUUUCCUAAAGUUAGCUGAUGUUUUCAGGGUUGGAAACAAUUUCCUGAGACUAUGUGUUCUUAAAGUUACCCAACAAAGUGAGAAGCAUUUGGAGAAGAUUCUAAAUGUGGAUGAAUUUGUAAAGAGAAUUUUCUCUGUGAUUCACAGUAAUGAUCCUGUGGCAAGAGCCAUCACACUCCGGAUGUUGGGAAGUCUGGCGUCAAUAAUUCCUGAGAGGAAGAAUGCUCAUCAUAGUAUUCGUCAGAGUUUGGAUUCACACGAUAAUGUAGAAGUUGAAGCUGCUGUUUUUGCUGCUGCAAACUUCUCUGCACAGUCAAAGGAUUUUGCUGUAGGAAUCUGUAACAAAAUCAGCGAAAUGAUUCAAGGUUUAGCGACACCAGUAGACUUGAAGCUGAAGUUGAUUCCCAUUCUGCAGCACAUGCACCAUGAUGCAAUCCUGGCUUCCAGUGCUCGUCAGCUUUUACAACAGUUAGUUACAUCCUAUCCUUCCACCAAAAUGGUGAUUGUUUCUUUGCACACUUUCACUCUACUUGCAGCUUCAUCUUUGGUUGAUACACCUAAGCAGAUUCAGCUUCUGUUGCAGUAUUUGAAGAAUGAUCCCAGGAAAGCAGUAAAGAGACUUGCUACUCAAGAUCUAAAAUUACUUGCCAGUAAAACACCACAUACUUGGAGUAGGGAGAACAUUCAG